AUGAAUUCUUUUUCCAUGAACACACUCGCGAAAUCAUUGCCAUCAGUAUGUCGGCAACCCAAAGCCCAGAGAAUUGACAUGGCGACUAUUCGACCUUUCUCUUCCACCUUGAAUGCUCCUGCUGUUGCGAGGGAUCGUAGCAGGUCGAUCGAAAAUCAAAUCUUGAAUCGCGGCCAGGAGAAACCCAACGACUCUUCACCACUAUCCGCCAUUACGAAAAUGCUUCAAGGGAAAGGCUCUUCUAGCUCUCCAUCUCGAGUUAGUUCCGACUAUGCCAGGCUCGCCGAGAGCCUUGAGGCCGAUAUGAUGAAAAACCCCUACGCCGAUCGUGCCCCUCCUCACCACCUCCACGUCUUCUGCCACAAACACAACACCAUUAUCACACUGACACGGCCAAAUGGAAGCCCGAUUAUGUCCAUUGGUUGCGGUCAACUCGGUUUCCGAAAGGCUGGCCGUGGUGGUUUCGACCCAGCAUACCAAUUGUCCGCUCAUGUCAUGGGUCAGAUCCAGGAACGCGGAUUGCUGAUGGAGCUUAAAAGACUUGAAGUUGUUUACCGGGGGUUCGGGAAGGGUCGUGAGGCAUUUACCAAGGUACUUCUUGGAAAUGAAGGGCGUCACAUCCGAGGGAUUGUCAGUCGAGUGACCGAUUCAACCCGUGUCAAAUUCGGUGGUACUCGUAGCCCGAAGGUUCGCAGACUGGGUUAA